CACACACACACACACACACACACACACACGGACUCUGCACUGUUCGUGUGUAACUUUGAAACAACUUUAAAUCGAAGUUUAAGUCCUUAAAGACAUUUCUAAGCAAAGUAAAGCAAAGACGGCGUGUGUGUGCGUGUGUGCGCGCGCGUGUGUGUGUACAGACAUGUCGUGAGGAAUGGAUGCGGAGAGUAACAGUUAGGUAAACUGGGUGUGGACAGGUGACUGACGCUAACGGAAAGAGACGGGACUACGUGCGUACACCGUAACGGUUCUCGGUCCGGGUUUGGUUCGGUUCCUCCUGUUGAAACCUCCCCGCCCCUCCAGCAGCCUUUCCUCUCGAGUUUUACCCGCUUCUGCUGCCUCCACCGCCGGACUCUUCCUCGGUGGAAGAAAUGUCGGAAGGAAAAACGGACAUUCCCAAUGAGCUGUCCGAGAGUGUGCGGGAGGCGGUGGGUCGGAGGGUGAAGCUGACCCUGAGGCGGAAAGUCCAGCUGGAGGUCAAAGCUGACAAAGUGGAGAACAGAGUGCUGGCUUUGGCGUCACAUCGAGCCUACCUGCUGACAGCUCGGGUCCCUUCAAAGGUCGAACACUCCUUCAGCUACCUGGAUAUCCAGGGAAUCAGCAGCAACAAGCCCACUCAGUUGGUGUUGGAGUCCGAGCGCGGUCCAUGGAGCCUGUGGCUGGGCUCUAUGGAGGAGGUGGACGAGGUGAUCGCUCACAUCGGCAGCUGUCUGCAACAGAUCUGUCCCGCAGCAUCACCUGUAAAGGUGAUGAAGUUGAGUCUGAAGCCCGCAGAGAGGACGACAGCCCUGCAGGCCGUCUGGGACGAGCACAGCGCGGCUGAUCUGGGACCCUGCGGUGGAUUUUCUCAUCAGUACAGGUGUGUGUGUGAUUAUCUGGGUCUGCCGUUCAGAGAGGAGGUCCAAUGGGAUGUGGACACCAUCUAUCUGACCCAGGACACCAGAGAGCUCAACCUGCAGGACUUUGUUCACCUGGAGAACAGAGAUCUGGUGGCGAUCAUCGCAGCUCUGGAGUUCAACCAGUGGUUCACUAAAGUCUCCACCAAAGAUUACAAACUGUCCACAGAUGUGUGCGAUCAGAUCCUCCGAGUCGUGGCUCGAUCCAGUCGGUUGGAGGAGCUGCUGCUCGACAACGCUGGACUGAAAAGCGAUUUUGCUCAGAAACUGGCGAGCGCUCUGUCACACAACCCGGCGUCCACGCUACACACGAUCGAUCUGAGCAACAACUCCCUGGAGGACAAAGGUGUUUCUGCUCUGAGCGCUCAGCUCUCCAAACUGCCCCUGGGUCUGAAACAGCUGCACCUGUCCCGGACCUCCAUGUCUCACAAAGGUGUGAACAGUCUCUGUCAGGCUCUCUGUAACAACCCGGCCGUGUCCUCCGCCCUCACUCACCUGGACCUGUCGGGAAACUCGCUCAGAGGAGACGACCUGCAGAACCUGAGUAACUUCCUGAGUCACUCAAACGUCCUGCAGACUCUGGAUCUGUCCAACAGUGACUGCUCUCUGGAGCAGGUGUGUGCCUCUCUGCUGCGAGGAUCUUUGAAGCAUCUUUCCGUCCUCAACAUGUCAAAGAGUGUCUUCUCCCACAGGAAGUGCAAAGAGAUCCCUCCGUCCUUUAAGCAGUUCUUCAGCAGCGCUCAGGCUCUGAGCUCCGUCAGUCUGUCGGGGACCAGGCUGCCUCUGGAGGCUCUUAAAGGAUUGUUGUUGGGUCUCGGCUGUAACCCCAACCUGAGCGAUGUGUCUCUGGAUCUCAGCUGCUGUGAGCUGCGGUCGGCGGGCUCUCAGAUCCUGGAGGGCUGCAUCGCUGAGAUUCCCAACAUCACCAGUCUGGACCUUUCUGACAACAGUCUGGACAUGGAUCUGACCACCCUGCUGGUCUGGCUGGCGAAGAACCGUUCGAUCCGACACCUCUCACUGGGCAAGAACUUCAACAACAUCAAGUCCAAAAACGUGGCUCCGGUCCUGGACAACCUGGUUCAUAUGAUCCAAGAGGAGGAUUCACCGCUGACCUCUCUGUCUCUGGCCGACGCCAAGCUGAAGGCAGACCUCUCCAUCAUCCUCAACGCUCUGGGCAGCAACGCUUCUCUGACUACACUGGACAUCAGCGGGAACUCCAUGGGGGACAUGGGUGCCAAGAUGCUGGCUAAAGCUCUGCAGAUCAACACCAAGCUCAGGACGAUAGUGUGGGACAGAAACAACGUGAGCCCUCAGGGUCUGCAGGACGUGGCUGCUGCUCUGGAGAAGAACUACACCAUCCGUUUCAUGCCCAUCCCCAUCAUGGACGCUGCUCAGGCUCUGAAGGCGAGUCCGGAGAAGACGGAGGACGCCUUGCUGAAGAUGGAGCAGUACCUGCUGAGGAACCACGAGACCAGGAAGUACCUGCAGGGGCAGGCAUACAGGCUGCAUCAGGGGAUCGUCACGACGACCACACAGCAGAUGAUGGACACAAUGUGCGUGAAGGUUCAGGACCACCUGAACUCUCUGAGGUUCACAGAGACCGGCUCCGUGCAGGACGACAUGAAGGCAGCCGAGAACCUGAUGAAAGACGCCCGAAACUCCAAGACGCUGCUUCCGAACCUGUACCACCUGAAGAGCGGCGGCUCGAGCGGGGCAUGCAUGGGGGCCAUCCAGAACAAACUGGAGUCGAUGGCUGGAGAGGUGGCAAGUGUGAUGGACGAGCAGCUGCAGACGAUGCUGGCGUCGAUGGUGGACGCGGCCGACAGUCUGUGUCCUCACGUGAUGAAGAGGAGCGGCCUUCGUCAGGAGCUGCUGAACGCCGGAGCGGGGAGGAUGAGCGUCCCCCGCAGCUUCAUCACCACCACGCUGCUGGAGCAGAGCGGGGUCGACAUCAUCAAUAAGAUCAGCGAGGUGAAGCUGAGCAUAGCGUCCUUUCUGUCUGAUCACAUCGUGGACGAGAUCCUGGAGUCUCUGUCCAGAUCUCAGCACACUCUGACGGAUCACCUGGUCAGGAAGGCUCAGCCUCUGCUGCAUCAGGACCCUCGGCUGGAGACAGAAGUUCUGGACGAGGAGGUUCUGCAGCCGGUGGACCAUGACCAGGAGCAGAGACGGAGUCAGGACCGGCACAAGAAGCACAGGCUGGAGGACAUGGACACGUGCACGAUGACUCCGAAAUCCAAGAGGAAGAGCAUUCUGGUCCGGAUGCUGCGGCCCGUAUCCGUGGCGUUUGCAGAGAUGGAGUUCGACCUGGACAAGGCUCUGGAAGAGGUUCCUAUCCACGUGGAGGACCCCACUCCUCCUCCUCCCCCUCCUGCUUCUUCAAAGCCAACAGACUUCCCCCCUCCUCCCACUCCCGUGGGUUCAUCAGCUGUCUGUUUGGGCGAGCUGCUGCCCGUCGAGCACAAGAUGCUCGAGCAUCACACCAAACUGCGACCAAAACCCAAGAAGAGGACGAGACCCAGCCGACCCCACCGGAAGGCCGCCACCGGCAGCACAACACCACAUGAGGCCGAGCAGAACAGCAUCAUGGGAAAGCUGGACGAGGGCCUGGAUGACUUCUUCUCCAAGAAAGUCACCAAACUGAGCUUAAAACUCUCCAGUAUGAGGGGUCUGUCCUCCGGCGCUCAGGACCUAGCAGACAAGAAACGUGAAUCCAGAAAAUCAGGUUUCUUUAACCUCCUAAAAAACCGGACAUCACGCUCUGAAAAAAGCCACGGAGCUACCUCCCUCACUCCCCAUCACCUCACCUCCCCUUCUUCUUCCCCACACACCUCCUCCAUCAGCCCAGUGAGUGAGGAAAAAAGCCACGGAGCUACCUCCAUCACUCCCCAUCACCUCACCUCCCCUUCAUCUUCCCCACACACCUCCUCCAUCAGCCCAGUGAGUGAGGAGACUCCACCUAUGUCGCCCCCUGCUGGCCCUGUGGUGGAGCCUCGUCAGGAGCUCCUCAGGGCUCAAUCCUCGGACCACCCGGACUCUGAAAUGGAGGCUCCUAAGAAUGAUUCUGACGCUGCUGAGGAGGAGAAGGAGGAGAGCGUUGAGGGCAAUAAACUGGAGAAGGAGAACAGUGAGGAGGAGAACAUGCAGAAGAAAGAGAACCCACACAUCCCCCGACAUGUCGGUGUUCCUAUGAUGGGGAUGGACCUGAUGGCUGAGAUGAAGGCGAGGCAGGAGAGGAUGGCUGCAAAGAAGUCGGAGUCUCUGUGUCUGAUGGACAAAGUCGACGGUGACACGGACAAGUCAGACGUCCAACCUGUUGUUACAGCCGACUCAGAGGAGUCCAAACCAGAGCCGGCUCCCCGUUCAAAACCUCCCAGCGUCACCCCCAAACCUCACCCACCUCAGGCCAUCAAACCCCCACUAGGGCCCCGGAUAUCUGGGCCAACCAGUCCCACCAGUCCCACCAUUCCUGGACCGAGCAGCAUCGUCAUGGAUGAGUCCUCUGAGGAUCCAGCAGGCUGCUCGUCUCCCAAAGGACCACUUCCUGCUCCUCGCCUGAAGAGGGUGCCGUCAGAGCAGGAGAGAGAGAGCACGAGCAGCGAGCCUGCAGGAACUCUGUCUCCGCUGGAGGUUGAGUCUCCCGUAGACGGCGAUGCGUUCGAGGCCCCCGAUGCUGCGGUUGAAUCCGGAGUCGGAGGCAGACAGUGGUCGUCUCUGAAGACUUCAGCUAGUCCUCCUGCUGAGAGCGAGGACAACCAUGAGCGAGCAAAGUCCCUCCCCGCCUACGCGAGUCCUCCUUCUCUGACAGACACAGACGUCAGUCCAGCUGAGGAGGAGGUGACGUCUUCAGCCAACGACCUCAAGUCUGACCACAAGUCCGAGGACGAGUCCGAUGACACUCCCUCAGAGUGAAACCAACGACAUGAUGCUGCUUCACCUUCUACCCCAGAGGAACGUUCAGGAGGUCAAAGAAGCACCGACAGACUUUGAAUUAUUUUUUUAUUUCUACACUCCUGAUGAGGAACAUGUGAGCAGCGGAGACUCUGUGACCUUCGUCGUGCUGUAGUGGAUGUUUCCUGACCGUGGAUGGACGCUGAAGCAGCUCAGGACUGUCCAGAGAG